UUGGCCCAAGCUUGGUUGAUUCUGCUCCUCAAGUGCGUGCAGAGUAGCCGGGCAUGUCUUCUGGUGUGACAGUUGCCGAUGAGUGCGUUGAGGUUCACGAGCGCAUCAAGAUGAAGAAGGACCUGCGCUACGUAACCUUCAAGAUGUCAGAUGACAAAAAGACCAUUGUUGUGGAUGAGACUGGGGACGCCACGAAGACUUAUGCAGACUUCGUGAAGGCCUUGCCAGAGGGCAGUCCCCGAUACGCACUGGUUGACUUUGAGUUCACGACAGAUGACGGAAGACCCCAGAACAAGCUCGUGUUCGUGUUCUGGAGCCCGGACGACAAGACCACGGUCAAGGAAAGAAUGCUCUAUGCAUCUUCCAAGGACGCCGUCCGGAAGAAGUGCACUGGCGUCAUGAAGGAGGCGCAGGUCAACGACAUCGGAGACCUGGCGGAGGCCGAGAUGCUGUCGAAAGUGAAAUAGGCUGCGCGCCUGGGCCAUGGCAGUUUGCCACAGAGCUUUAGGACAGAGCUCUCAAGGCCGUGUGCUACGGACAACCUCCGACGGGUA